AUGCAGUCCCGCAGGGACCGGCUGCGCAUCCCCGCGCUGACCCUCGACCUGUCCCCGAGCAGCCAGAGCCCGGCCCUGCUGAGCCCGGGCUCCCCAUGCAGCCCCGCCAGCCCGGGCCCGGGCCUGCGGCCCUGGAGCUGCCGCAGUGGAAACCGCAAAAGCCUGGUGGUAGGGACGCCGUCGCCCACCCUCUCCCGGCCCCUGUCUCCUCUGUCCGUCCCCACGGCAGGCAGCAGCCCCCUGGACAGUCCACGGAACUUAGCUGCCCUCAGCUUCCCCUUCGCCCGGAGCAGGGCAGACGGCAGAAGAUGGUCCCUCGCGUCUCUCCCAUCCUCUGGCUAUGGCACCAACACACCCAGUUCCACAGUCUCGUCGAGCUCGUCCUCCCGGGAGCGCCUCCACCAGCUCCCCUUCCAGCCCACCCCAGACGAGCUGCACUUCUUGUCCAAGCACUUCCGCAGCUCCGAGAGCGUGGUGGACGACGAGGGGGGCCGCUCCCCACGCAUGCGCCCCCGCUCCCGCAGCCUGAGCCCAGGACGCACGUCAGGAACCUUUGACAAUGAGAUCGCCAUGAUGAAUCACGUGUACCGGGAGAGGUUCCCCAAGGCCACAGCCCAGAUGGAGGGCCGCCUGCAGGACUUCUUGGCGGCCUAUGCGCCGGACGACGCCCGUCUGGCCUUAGCGGAUGGCGUCCUAGGCUUCAUCCACCACCAGAUCGUGGAGCUGGCCCGGGACUGCCUGGCCAAGUCUGCUGAGGCCCUAGUCACCUCCCGCUACUUCCUAGAGAUGCAGGAGAAGCUGGAGCGGCUGCUGCAGGAUGCUCACGAGCGCUCGGACAGCGAGGAGGUGGGCUUCAUCGUGCAGCUGGUCCGGAAGCUGCUCAUCAUCAUCUCCCGGCCGGCGCGGCUCCUGGAAUGCCUGGAGUUUGAUCCCGAGGAGUUCUACCACCUGCUGGAGGCGGCCGAGGGCCAAGCCCGGGACAGCCAGGGCAUCAAGACGGACCUGCCGCGGUACAUCAUCGGACAGCUCGGCUUGGCCAAGGACCCCCUGGAGGAGAUUGUGCCUCUGAGCGACCGGGACGAGGGCCCGCCCCCCGCGCCCGGGUCCCCCGGCUCCCCCCAGAACCGCGCCCUGGCCGGCCCCGCUCGGAGAAAGCCUCGGGAGAGCGACUUCGAGACCAUUAAGCUCAUCAGUAACGGGGCGUACGGGGCCGUGUACCUGGUGCGGCACCGCGAGACCCGGCAGCGCUUCGCCAUCAAGAAGAUCAACAAGCAGAACCUGGUCCUGCGCAACCAGAUCCAGCAGGUGUUCGUGGAGCGCGACAUCCUCACCUUCGCCGAGAACCCCUUCGUGGUGGGCAUGUUCUGCUCCUUCGAGACGCGGCGCCACCUCUGCAUGGUCAUGGAGUACGUGGAGGGCGGCGACUGCGCCACGCUCCUGAAGAACAUGGGCCCGCUGCCCGUGGACAUGGCGCGCAUGUACUUCGCGGAGACCGUGCUGGCGCUGGAGUACCUGCACAACUAUGGCAUUGUGCACCGCGACCUCAAGCCAGACAACCUGCUGAUCACGUCGCUGGGACAUAUCAAGCUGACUGACUUUGGCCUGUCUAAGAUCGGGCUCAUGAACAUGGCCACCAACCUCUACGAAGGCCACAUCGAGAAGGACGCUCGCGAGUUCAUGGACAAGCAGGUGUGCGGGACCCCGGAGUACAUCGCGCCCGAGGUGAUUUUCCGCCAGGGCUACGGGAAGCCAGUGGACUGGUGGGCCAUGGGCGUCAUCCUGUACGAGUUCCUGGUGGGCUGCGUGCCUUUCUUUGGAGACACCCCCGAGGAGCUGUUUGGCCAGGUGGUCAGCGAUGACAUCGUGUGGCCCGACGGGGAGGAGGCGCUGCCGGCCGAGGCGCAGGACCUCAUCAUGCGCCUGCUGCGUCAGAGUCCCAUGGAGCGCCUGGGCACGGGUGGCACCCAUGAAGUGAAGCAGCACCCCUUUUUCUGGGCCCUGGACUGGGCCGGGCUCCUGCGGCACAAAGCUGAGUUUGUGCCCCAGCUCGAAGCAGAUGACGACACCAGCUACUUCGACACCCGCUCGGAGCGGUACCGGCACCUGGGCUCCGAGGAUGAGGAGACCAACGACGAGGAGUCAUCCACAGAGAUUCCACAGUUCUCGUCCUGCUCCCACCGCUUCAGCAAGGUGUACAGCAGCUCUGAGUUCCUGGCCGUGCAGCCCGGGCCUAUGGGCUCUGAGAGGACCUUCAGCGAGGACCACGAGGAGGCCUGGGAGCGCAGGGGCGAUGGGGAGAUGGGCCGCCAGGGCCGCCGGCUGAGCGCCGACAUCCGGCUGAGGUCCUGGACUGGCCCCUCGCAGCCCGAACGCAGCCCCACCCCGGCUCUCCCGGGCACCAUCAGCCUGGACACGGUGCCCAAGUUCGCUUUCUCCUCCGAGGAUGAGGCGCCAGGCCCAGGCCGUGAGGACCCCAGGAAGCCGGUCUUCAUCCUCGGGGAGCCUGACGCCCCUCCGCCCUCCACCCCUGUCCCUCCCAAGCCCUGCAGCCUCUCGGCCGACGCCGCGGCGCUCAGCCACGCCCGCCUCCGGAGCAACAGCACCGGCGCGCGCCACUCCACCGCGCGGGCCCUGGACGCCGGCCGCGGCCGCCGCCUGGGGGGCCCCAGGGACGCGGCCCCCGACAAGUCCCGGGCCUCCCCCGGCGGCGGCAGCGGCGGCGGCCGCGUGCCCAAGUCAGCGUCGGUGUCCGCGCUGUCGCUCAUCAUCACCGCAGAUGACGGCAGCGGCGGCCCCCUCAUGAGCCCGCUGUCCCCGCGCUCGCUGUCCUCCAACCCCUCAUCCCGGGACUCCUCGCCCAGCCGGGACCCUUCGCCCGUGUGCGGGAGUCUGCGGCCGCCCGUGGUCAUCCACAGCUCGGGGAAGAAGUUCGGCUUCAGCCUGCGCGCCAUCCGCGUCUACCUGGGCGACAGCGACGUCUACACCGUGCACCACGUGGUCUGGAGCGUGGAGGAGGGCAGCCCCGCGCAGGAGGCCGGGCUCCGCGCGGGGGACCUGGUCACCCACAUCAACGGGGAGUCGGUGCUGGGGCUGGUGCACGUGGACGUGGUGGAGCUGCUGCUGAAGAGCGGCGGGAAGAUCUCGCUGCGCACCACAGCGCUGGAGAACACGUCCAUCCAGGUGGGCCCGGCGCGCAGGGCCGCCAAGGGGCGCAUGGCGCGCAGGAGCAAGCGCGGCCGCCGGCGGGAGACUCAGGACCGGCGGAAGUCGCUGUUCAAGAAGAUCUCCAAGCAGACCUCCGCGCUGCACACCAGCCGCAGCUUCUCCUCCGGCCUCCACCACUCGCUGUCGUCCGGCGAGAGCCUGCCCGGCUCGCCCACCCACAGCCUGUCCGCCAGCCCCACCACGCCGAGCCGCAGCCCGGCGCCCGAGGCGCCCGCGGAGGCCGCCUCCCCGCCCAGCGCCUCCCCGGCCGCCAGCAACCCCGCGUCCCCCGCCGCCGGCUACGCGCGGCCCAGCUCGCUGCACGGCCUGGCCGCCAAGCUGGGCCCGCCGCGGCCGCGCUCCGGACGCCGCAAGUCCACGAGCAGCAUCCCGCCGUCGCCGCUGGCCUGCCCGCCCGCGCCCGCGCCGCGCGCGCCCUCGCCGCUGCCCGGCCUGGGCCCCGCGCGCUCCCCGCGCCUGCUGCGCCGCGGCCAGUCGGCCGACAAGCUGGGGCUGGGCUGCGCGGAGCGCGCGGACGCGGACGCGGGGCGGCGCGCGCGCGGCGCGGACGCCGAGCUGGUGGUGAUGCGGCGGCUGCACCUGUCGGAGCGCCGCGACUCCUUCAAGAAGCAGAAGGCGGUGCAGGAGGUGAGCUUCGACGAGCCCGCGGAGGCGGGGGACCCCGCGGGCCAGCCCGCGCCCGCCGCGCCCGUGCCGCACAUCGCCGUACACCGCCCGGGCGCCCCGCACUGA